GCUAUCCAGAUGGGCUGGAAUGUAAUGAAACGAUCGCGAAUGUGUAGGUCUGACUGCAGUAACGCGUUUGGAGAGAUGUCAUCGUAAUUGACUGGCUCGUUAAAGGGUCUUUUGGUUCGUUUCGAUAUCGCAUGCCACGUCUGAAAAGAAGAAAACCGAACUGGCUAUCUCAUUAGAGUAACCUGAUUUGAGACACAAUCUAAAAUGACAGCACCGGUGUUUUUCGGUUGUGCUUUAAUUUCGUUUGGACCCGCUCUGGCAUUAUUCCUUCUCAUAAUUGCUCGGGACCCGCUGAGGGUCAUCUUCCUUGUCGCUGGCGCCUUCGUCUGGCUGGUGUCGCUACUGCUCUCUUCGCUGGUGUGGUUCAUCGUGGUGCGAAUCAGCGAUAGAGACAGCUCGUCCCAACAGAAAAGCCUACUCAUAUUCGGUGUGGUGCUCUCCGUGUUCCUCCAGGAGGCCUUCCGCCUCGGGUUCUACAAGCUGCUCAAAAAAGCAAAUGAUGGCUUAUUGGCUCUCAGUCAAGAGGAGACCACACCCAUCUCCAUGGGUCAGCUGGCCUACGUAUCGGGCCUGGGGUUCGGGUUCAUGAGUGGAGCGUUCUCCGUCAUCAACAUCCUGGCAGGUUCCUUUGGCCCUGGUACAGUUGGUAUCCAUGGUGACUCCCAGCACUACUUCAUAUCCUCAGCCUUCAUGACGAUGGCCAUCACCCUGCUCCACAUGUUCUGGGGGGUGGUGUUCUUCGAGGCCUGUGAGAGGAGGAGGUGGAGCGGCGUGGCUGCGGUGGUCAUUAGCCACCUGCUGGUGUCCUGCCUGACUUUCUUGAAUCCUCAGUAUGAGGGGAGCCUGAUGCCAGCUUUCAUUAUGAUGUUCCUCAUGGGUGUGUGGGCUUUCUCCUCUGCUGGGGGCUCCCUGCAGAGCCUUAAACUGUGCCUCACCUGCAAACACAGGAGAUUCCCCCGGGCCAUUCCCAGGCUGAGAUAACAUGAAGCAGCCACACUCCCAGGGACAAAACAGGAAAACGGCAACAAGACAAAAAUUAUUCAAGAAACAAGGACUUACUUGCUUGGAAAAAAUAAUCACCUGUUUGGAAAUGGCUUCACUAAUGAAAAUAUUUUGAUGAUGAUGCAGGGUGCGGGAAGCUCACGUGAUAAAUUGUGUCCUUGGGGGCCUCCACUCAGGUGUGCAGCACAGGUGAGGCCUGUGACUGACCCUUUCUCUCUGCACCUCUCACUUUGGAACAACUGCUGGUGUGCGGCACUGUCCUUUCUCCCCACAUAGGCGCCCUUUAGAGGAGAACCUGGCUGUGCCGAAUCGGAUGAUAGGAGGGUUACUGGCCAUUUGACCCUCCGCAAGUGGCCUAAACCUGGUGAUUCUGAGGUUCUCGGAUGCUGCAGGUGCUAUGAGCUGGUGGACUGAAGUUGUCAGUGUCAAAAUAAUGCCCCAUAGCAGCUGUCUCUGUCGAGUUUCAGCUUCUUGGCCAUGACUGGAAGAAGCACCUCUUCAAGUGAGCCUUUUACUUUCACUCAUUUACUGACUAACUGAGCAAACAGCUCCCCCAGAGUAAUAACAGUACCUUUGUUUCACCACUAGAUGGCAAAAAUACACUAAUAAGAGGAUCUAGCUCAGCAGCAGCAGCCUAUGAAGAGUGCCUUUUUGUUAAUGGUUUCUCUGUCAUUAAAUGUCUGGGACCAUCUUUUCUGCUGUAGCUGUUUCUGUGGUGACUCCUCCUACUAGUCCAGGCAGUGACUGCACCACUCCCUACAUUAUUAAA